CGAUGGCCAAAGACAAGCGGUCCAAGACAGCAGCAACAACAGCUCCGCUUCCAUCGUCGUCUGCGGUGGCCAACGCACCUUCGUGGCCGCCAUUCAAGCCGCGGCUGCCCGUCGUCGACCUGAGCCUCGAGACGCUCGUGCAGGACAAAGUUGUCGUGCUGAGAUCCUUUUUCCCAAGGUAUCUAUGCAGGGAUUAUGUUUCCUUUCUGCGAGACCUCCCUCUCGUCACAACUCCCGGCAAGCCCAAGCGCGGCGAGGCCGUGAGAGUAAACGACCGCUACCAGAUCGACGAUCCAGCCUUCGCCCGCCGCCUGUGGUUAGAAACCGGUCUCAAACAGGCUCUUUUAGACAGCGAUGCUGCCCACCUAUGGGGUGGGGAGGUCGUUGGCCUGAAUCCGAAUAUUAGAAUAUACCGCUACUCCCCGGGCCAAUUCUUUGAUGCCCACUACGACGACUCAAACAACGUGACCGUCGAGGUCGAGGGCACUGGCCAGCCGGUGCCAGCCAGGACAACGUGGACCCUGCUUCUCUACCUAACCUCUUCAGCUGACGGUUGCGUCGGCGGCGAAACAGUCUUCUACCCGCACGACAGGCGCUGGGCCAGCGAGGAGAUUGCCGUCAGCCUCGAGACAGGCAUGCUCCUGCUGCACAAGCACGGCCACGAUUGCAUGUUGCAUGAAGGAAGAGAGGUUACCGCUGGGGAAAAGUGGGUUAUCCGGACGGAUUUGUGCGUCAAGAGAUGACAUGAUUCAAGUAGAUGCUUGUUUAUGGACCCUUUUCUGGUGCUGGUCUCUACAGUACUACCUGCGAUACCAUGCCACUGCUCUUCUUUUCGCGGUCCCAAAAUGUCCGCUGUUCUUGGCCGAUGGAUUAUCGUGUCCCAAAAUAGACUAGAUAGAGUAAAACAAGGAAGGAAUUGAAGAUGGAAGAGAGAAAAUAAAUUGGUUCACGCAAGUCCC